AUGGCAUUCACACUCCAUAUCCGCGACCACGACAGCCCCUUUCAGCUGUCGUCGCCUACACAUAAAUUACCGGGAGCUCCUGUCUUACACGAUCUCGGAUGCAUUGUCAUGGAAGCAUCCCGAGGCUCCAAGAGCGGUCUCGCGUCAGUGCUCUGGUUCACCGCCGCAAGCUGGGGAUUCGGCCCGUCCGCCUGCAGCCUGGUAGCCAUACUGGCAGCUCACGGCGAGUAUGGCAAGAGCACGGCCACCGCGCCGGCGGAGCGGCGCUUCCGCGCGCUCGUCAAGGCGGGCGACCCUGUUGCCAUGGCCAUCGAGGGCGAUAUCCUCUACCGGCAGGGCAAGUACGGCGAGGCCGAGGCGAUCCUCCGCAAAGUCCAGCAAAAGCACGCCGCCGACCUGGGUAACUGGGAGCCCAACUUUCGGCUCGCGUUUGGUAAGACGCUGGCCAGGCGCGACAAGAUGAAUCAGGCCAUUGCCAUGCUCCGCGCGCUGGCUGAUGACGGUUACAUCGAGGCCGACCAGCAGCUCGGCAGCGCGCUGCGGAGCACCGACCCGGACGAGGCUCUGCAGUACCUAUUCAAGGCGGGGUGCACGGGCGCCCUGCACUGCUUCGAGGAAAUGGCCACCAUUGAGCUGGACAAGGCGGUCAAUGCGAAAAACUCGAGCGAUGCUGCUGACCAUAGACUGUGGGCGGGGGAGCUGGCACGACUCGCAGAUAGAAAGGCGGAAUUUUAA